AGCGCAACACACCGUACGCUCAGUCUAGUCGAGAAGAAUUCCGUGUUAGUACGUCCUAGUUCUGACGCUGUGUAUAAUUGUUUUAAAUUUGUGAAAUAUUUACACUUCGCCUUCAACGUGUCAAAGGAGUGAAAUAAGGAGUCAGAAGCCAGAAGUCUUCACCCGCAAUCAAAGCCUUAAUACAUACAACACGAUGUCUCUAGAAACGUUGCCUCUGGAAAUAUUGGGCAUCAUAGCGAGGAAACUAGACACAAAGUCUGCACAUAACUUGUAUGAAGCGUGUCAACAUGCGAGAGAUGCGAUCAGUGUCCCUGGAACGAUAAAGGAAUGCCAAUUUUCACUAAACACUUUGGCUACAGCCCAGUCAUUACGAUCCCACUUCUUCUUGGACAUUGCAAGCAAUUUGAAAGUCUUGAAUCUGAGUGGUGUCCACGACCUGACAAAAACAUCCCUGAAGCAAGCAGUGAGAAGGCUCAAUAAUUUGACUUCACUCGAUGUAAGCUACACAAAUAUAGUGUUGCCAGAUUAUAUUGAUAUUUAUAAAAUGAUGCCAGCAUUGAAAAGCUUAGCAAUCAAUUACGACUAUGGGGAGGAAUGCUAUUUUAGCCAAGAAUUAUACUACGCAUUUCAAGACUCAUUCAAGAAUCUGAAAAAUCUUCACUUUGUUGGUACUGCAUUUGAAUUGUUGGCAUUAGAUGUCCCGUUGUGGCUGCUGAGCAAGGCUGAUCUUGACUGUUUAACAUUCACAAUGAUAACUAAGAAAGUCGAAUUACCUAUCCCCCCCUGGGGUCAAUUUAAGAAACAUGAUUAUUCUAUUUUGGAAAAGAUAUCAUGUCUGAAAUUGUUCUUCAUGCCAGCCCUCAUUCACGACUAUAUAUAUGAUGGCACUUUGUUCGAUCAUUUCGACAUUAUUAAUAACGAUCAUGUUGAGGUGUUAGCAUUCCAAAGUCGAAUGCCUAACUUAUUAUUUGCAACUCCGUUAUUGGGGAGAUUCAUUAGAAAAAAAUUCCAAACAAUGGUGUUACGUUUGGCAGAUUUGAAAUCAAUGCGUAAUGGAGAUGUUGCUUUCAUGUUCUGGAAUAAAAAGAGCACUCGUUUCGAUGAUAAGUUUUUCUCCAGACUAACAUCUGUGGUUAAUGAUUACAUGCCUCACCGUUUUCAUUCUGGUGUGCAACGGGAGCGACCAUCAGUACCGUCCAUCCAUAAAUCGUAUUUGGUUGAUCAACAUUUUCUGGACAUCAAAAGUUAUGAGUUUUGUGAAGUGCCAUUGAAACAGAGAGAAAAAAAAAAUCGUCAAGCACUGCCGUGUUUCGUUUUAAAUUACGACGAAGAAUUCAAGAAUAAAGAGAAAGACAUCCAUUUAGAAGUAUAUUUUAGAUGGCCUUUGAAAAGACCAGUGCCAGUAACUAUUAAUAAUUAUGACUUGGUGAAGAAAUUGACACACUUGACUCUAUUUGGCAAUGUUCUCUACACUCCACAGUUUUUUAGAGUAUUGUUUGAGAAUGCGAAAUUAGAAACAUUCGAACUAACCCAUCAGCGUGGGAAAUUUUUGGUGUCGUCACUUCUAAAGUGCAUGCCUAAAUGUAAAUCACUAAAAAACUUUUCAUUGAAUACUAAAAUUUCACAAUAUGGCUCUCUGUAUAAUACUCUUAGUGAUUGUAAAAAUUUAGAAAACAUAAAUUUGUUAAAUCCGUCUAAGGCUAAAGUAGAUUUGCCGAAUCCCAAAUAUUUAUUUAGUAAGUGUGAAAAUCUGUACAGCUUUACUUUCCAGAAAGACAUGCCUGAGAGACGGAGGGCGAAGGCAUUAACGUUGUACGAACGCGUGAGAAGUGAUGUCGGUAAACCAGCUCUUAGCAUUAGAAUUUUGCAGUACACAGACUAUAGCGACAGUCAAUACAGUCCGUUUUAUAGUGUGUUCGAUGAGUUCAGAUAUAUACCAAAUUAAUAAAUAAAUGUUUUUCUCUCUGUUUAGUAUUUCCAUGAUA